AUGGCGACAACUUUUGAAAUCUUCCAAUAUGCCGCUACUACCAUGGGUACCAUGGGAUUCACCGCCCUGACCCAAGUAUUCCGAUUCAGCGUCACAGAAGUGCCAGCCGUGGUCCUCGAAUGGAUCGCCGCCCACCCCGGCCAAACCGCCUUACUCGUUGCACCGGGAGUUUUGAUCUUCACUCCCGGUGCUCUUACUGGUACGCUCCUAGCGUCUAUGGGUUUCGGCGCCGCCGGUCCUGUUGCUGGCUCCGUUGCGGCUGCACUUCAGUCUAUGUUGGGGAAUGUUGGGGCAGGAAGCGUCUUUGCGUAUUUGCAGAGUGCGGCGAUGGGGGGGUAUGGGGCUGUUGUUGUUAAUGGGGCGAUGCAGGCUUGUGGGGUUAUUUCGGGGUGGUUUGUCUCGAAGCUCUAGGUUUGGUGGGCGUCGGUAGGACGGGGUAUAUUGGGAAAUAAUCAAUGGACAUCUUCUGUACUUGAGCUACCGGGAUGGACUUCUUUCCAAUAUGCUGCGCUAUUAUAGUUGCUGAUAAGCGUGGUAUCAACGUUGAUAUUUAAG